AGGCCUACGGACUGGACGCUGACAAGUGGGGAGUUAACGUACAGCCAUACUCAGGCUCCCCUGCUAACUUUGCUGUGUACACGGCGAUCGUGGAGCCUCAUGGGAGGAUCAUGGGUCUGGACCUCCCCGACGGAGGUCACCUGACGCACGGCUUCAUGACGGACAAGAAGAAGAUCUCUGCCACAUCCAUCUUCUUUGAGUCCAUGCCCUACAAGGUAGAUCCAGACACUGGUCUCAUCAACUACGACCGACUGGAGGAGAACGCCCGGCUGUUCCACCCUAGACUGAUCAUCGCAGGUACCAGCUGUUAUUCCCGUAACCUCGACUACGCUCGGCUGCGUCGUAUCGCCGAUGAGAACGGAGCUUUCCUAUUGGCCGACAUGGCACACAUCAGCGGACUGGUGGCGGCCGGGGUCGUCCCGUCUCCGUUCGAGUACUGUGACGUGGUCUCCACGACGACCCACAAGACGCUGCGGGGCUGUCGCUCUGGGGUCAUCUUCUACAGAAAGGGAAUACGUAGUGUGGACCCUAAGGGAAAGGAGACUCUGUAUAAUCUGGAGUCUCUCAUCAACCAGGCAGUGUUCCCAGGACUACAGGGAGGACCCCACAACCACGCCAUCGCAGGUGUGGCGGUGGCCCUGAAGCAGGCUCUUACCCCAGAGUUUAAGGCGUAUCAGUACCAGGUACUCUCUAACUGCAGAGCUAUGGCCAACGCCCUCAUCAACCACGGGUACAAGAUCGUCACCGGGGGUUCUGAUAACCAUCUGAUCUUACUGGACCUGAGGCCCAACGGGACGGACGGUGGACGAGCUGAGAAGGUUCUAGAAGCUGCUGCCAUCGCCUGCAACAAGAACACCUGUCCAGGUGAUAAGAGUGCGUUGCGUCCCAGCGGUCUGAGGUUCGGCUCUCCUGCUCUGACCUCCAGAGGAAUGGUUGAAGACGACUUCAGGAAGGUCGCAGAGUUCAUCCACAGAGGUAUCCAGAUGACCCUGGACAUCCAGGCCUCUCUGCAGCCCAAGGCGACCCUGAAGGAGUUUAAGGAGGCCCUGGCAGGGGAGGGGAAGCACCAGGAGAGGGUAGCAGAGCUGAGGGGGGAGGUGGAGGCUUUCGCUGGGGGGUUCCCCAUGCCUGGUCUGGAGGAACUUUAAAGACCUGUUUUCAAGUUGUUUUCUGUCACCUGCCACAUCAUCAUACCUCUGCUGUCCUCUGUCUUACCGGUUUGACUGACUGGUUUGUCCUCUGCCUAAACGGUUUGACUGACUGUUUCCUUCUCUGCUGUCCUCUGCCUAAACGGUUUGACUAACUGGUUUGUCCCCUGCCUAAACGGUUUGACUGACUGUUUCCUUCUCUGCUGUCCUCUGCCUAAACGGUUUGACUAACUGGUUUGUCCCCUGCCUUAACGGUUUGACUGACUGUUUCCUUCUCUGCUGUCCUCUGCCUAAACGGUUUGACUAACUGGUUUGUCCCCUGCCUUAACGGUUUGACUGACUGACUUUCCUUCUCUGCUGUCCUCUGCCUAAACGGUUUGACUGACUGGUUUGUCCCCUGCCUUAACGGUUUGACUGACUGGUUUGUCCUCUGCCUUAACGGUUUCACUGACUGUUUCCUUCUCUGCUGUCCUCUGCCUAAACGGUUUGACUGACUGGUUUGUCCCCUGCCUUAACGGUUUGACUGACUGGUUUGUCCUCUGUCUCAACGGUUUGACUGACUGGUUUGUCCUCUGUCUCAACGAUUUGACUGACUGGUUUGUCCUCUGUCUCAACGGUUUGACUGACUGGUUUGUCCCCUGCCUUAACGGUUUGACUGACUGACUUUCCUUCUCUGCUGUCCUCUGCCUAAACGGUUUGACUGACUGGUUUGUCCCCUGCCUUAACGGUUUGACUGACUGGUUUGUCCUCUGUCUCAACGGUUUGACUGACUGGUUUGUCCUCUGUCUCAACGAUUUGACUGACUGGUUUGUCCUCUGUCUCAACGGUUUGACUGACUGGUUUGUCCCCUGCCUUAACGGUUUGACUGACUGACUUUCCUUCUCUGCUGUCCUCUGCCUAAACGGUUUGACUGACUGGUUUGUCCCCUGCCUUAACGGUUUGACUGACUGGUUUGUCCUCUGCCUUAACGGUUUGACUGACUGUUUCCUUCUCUGCUGUCCCCUGCCUGAACGGUUUGACUGACUGGUUUGUCCCCUGCCUUAACAGUUUGACUGACUGGUUUGUCCCCUGCCUUAACAGUUUGACUGACUGUUUCCUUCUCUGCUGUCCUCUGCCUUAACAGUUUGACUGACUGGUUUGUCCCCUGCCUUAACAGUUUGACUGACUGGUUUGUCCCCUGCCUUAACAGUUUGACUGACUGGUUUGUCCCCUGCCUUAACGGUUUGUCUGACUGGUUUGACUGACUGGUUUGUCCCCUGCCUGAACGGUUUGACUGACUGGUUUGACUGACUGUUUCCUUCUCUGCCUGAACGGUUUGACUGACUGGUUUGUCCCCUGCCUGAACGGUUUGACUGACUGGUUUGUCCCCUGCCUUAACAGUUUGACUGACUGGUUUGUCCCCUGCCUUAACAGUUUGACUGACUGGUUUGUCCCCUGCCUUAACGGUUUGUCUGACUGGUUUGACUGACUGGUUUGUCCCCUGCCUGAACGGUUUGACUGACUGGUUUGUCCCCUGCCUGAACGGUUUGACUGACUGGUUUGUCCCCUGCCUGAACGGUUUGACUGACUGGUUUGUCCCCUGCCUUAACAGUUUGACUGACUGGUUUGUCCCCUGCCUUAACGGUUUGUCUGACUGGUUUGACUGACUGGUUUGACUGACUGGUUUGUCCCCUGCCUGAACGGUUUAAUGUAAUGAAACCCAAUAAAACUCACAGAUGUGGACCACA